AUGCGCGCAGCGACGUCCUCGAUCCGUCGGGCGACACGAACGCUUCAGACCGCGUCCUUCAGCUCAGCUGCGUCCUCUUCGUCGGGAUUUCACACCGCUGCAUACGUGGCUGUUGGUGGUGGCGCCGCAGCCGCCGUCGUGGCCGCGUACAACGGCGUCGUGCCGCAUGAGUGGGUCAUCCGGCAGCUGGCCGAGCCAAUGAUGCCCGUGGUGCGGAUGUUCGAGCCCGAGACGGCCCACAAGAUCGCCGUGCAGUGCGCACGCUUCGGUCUGACGCCCAAAGACCCGGAGACCGACCCAGAGCUGCUGCAUGUCCAGGUUCUAGGCCUGGGAGACAUGGAAGAGAGAUGCUGGAACUGGGUCUGGGUGGCUUGGAGAAUGCGGUAG